AUGCGCAACCAAAUUUCACACCUUGUAGAUAAACUUCUUUGGGAACAAUGGCAAUCCAAUAGUAAGGAAUUAGACUCUAUAAUUGGAAAUUGGUUGGAUGAACAUCGUCAUCGGCGCAGGAUCAUUAAGACGCCAUCAUCGUCGUCUCCUCGAGAUGAAGGAGAAGAAGAAGAAGAUCAGCUGGACUUCAUUGAUGUGAUGCUAUCCGUCAUUACUGAGGACAAUUUGAUGUAUAGUUAUGACCGUAAUACUGUCAUCAAGGCAACUGUAGUGCAACUCAUCGCAGGUGCCUACGAAACCACCUACGUCACCCUGACAUGGGCACUUUCUUUGCUGUUGAACAAUCGCCAAGUGCUGAAAAGGGCCCAAGAAGAGCUGGACGUCCAUGUUGGGAGAGACAGACACGUUGAAGAAUCAGACGUCAAGAACUUGGUGUACCUCCAAGCCAUUAUAAAGGAAACUUUGCGGCUUUACCCUCCACUACCUUUAUCAGUACCACAUGAAGCCCUGGAAGACUGUCAAGUGGGGGGCUAUGUUGUUCCCAAGGGAACACGUGUGCUAGUCAAUAUGUGGAAGCUUCAUCGGGACCCUCAAGUGUGGGGAUCAGACCCUCAUGAAUUCAAACCAGAGAGGUUUCAAUUUUUUAUGAAACCCCGAUUCACAGGCCAACCAGUAGACAAUGACUGA